GAACUGUGAUUGUGAUUGGAGGUUACUCCUGCACCCGUGACGUAGGGUGCUGGAGUUCACGUCUGCUCUGACCACGUGAAAACAGCACUGUUCACAAAUCCAAGAUGGCAGCCACCUUAGGAAGACUUCUCAGAACUUCGGCCUCUGCCAUUUCUGCAGCUGGCCUUAGGGUUGGCACUCCUGCUGCAGUGUCCACCAGCCGGUCGUCUAGAAUUCUGCGCUGCCCUGCUGCCCAAAAAGUGUGCUUCAGCACAAGCAGUGCACGAUGGGCCCCUGUGGUCACUCAGCAUGCGCCCCAUUUCAAAGGCACCGCCGUUCACCACGGCGAGUUCAAGGAAAUCAGUCUCGACGACUUCAAGGGCAAAUACCUGGUGCUUUUCUUCUACCCUCUGGAUUUCACCUUCGUCUGCCCGACUGAGAUCAUCUCAUUCAGCGACAAAGCCAGCGAAUUCCACGACGUGAACUGCGAGGUGGUGGGCGUGUCCGUGGACUCUCACUUCACGCACCUGGCCUGGAUCAACACCCCCCGGAAGAACGGGGGGCUGGGCCACAUCAACAUCCCCUUGCUGGCUGACCUCAACAAGCAGGUGUCCAGGGACUACGGAGUUCUCCUGGAGGGCCCAGGUAUUGCACUGAGGGGCCUGUUCAUCAUCGACCCCAGCGGCGUGGUCAAGCACAUGAGCGUUAACGACCUGCCCGUGGGCCGCUGCGUGGAGGAGACGCUGCGCCUGGUCAAGGCCUUCCAGUACGUGGAGACCCACGGGGAGGUGUGCCCCGCCAGCUGGACCCCCGACUCCCCGACGAUUAAGCCAACACCUGAGGGGUCAAAGGAGUAUUUUGAGAAGGUGAACUAGGGCUGCGGGUUUUCAUCUCUGAGCCACGAGUUGGCACAGCCGCUGGGUUACAGACGCACCAUUAAAUCCGCCAUUCUUCUGUUAGACGAGAGCACGUUCAACGUGAAGGCCCAAAGGAAAUCUAAUACCGUUCUUUUCUGUCCGAGCACUUAAUUGUAUUUGAAUUUAAUAAAUUAGAUGUGAAAUAA